GACGAGGGAGAUGAGGAAUACUGGCAGGAGCUGCAGUUCCGGGACAGAAUGGCGCGAGAAGUGGAGCGUCAGCGAGCCCUGGGGACCCUGAGGCCGCCGUCUCCAACAGAGCUCCCAACCCCCAGAAUGGGCGUCGGGGUGGAAAGGCCACUGGGGCCAGGGAUCGGGUCCAGUGGAUUCGCAGACGAAGGCGGAGAGGAGCGGGGGGUCCAGGAAGAGGAGGAGGAUGUGCCGUACGACGAGGAAAGGCGAGAUGAGGGGGCUACAGCUAGGCCAGUAUGCGGAUGGGCGGAAGAGCCGACAGCGGCGGCAGACUUCCAGGAGCCGCGCAGAAUGACCACCGGAGUGGGGCGCGGCGUGUUCCAAGGAGCCGCCCGAGGAAACCUGAUGCAACCCUUCCCCAUACCGCCCAGACAACAUCAAAGGGCUGCGGAAUGGAUGCCUAGAAGGGAAGAUCUCAAGCUGGAAUACGGAGGGGAAUCAGAUGAACUGAACUUUUUUCUAAUUAGCAUUAGAGGAUACAUGGAAGACAACGCACACACAUUUCCCUCCGAAGCAAGCAGGGUUCGAGCCAUCGGCAACACACUAAAGCGAGGAGCGGCCAGCUGGUAUGUGCAAUUGCAUGCCAGACGCGACCCAUGCCUGAGGUCGGUGCCCCGCUUCCUCGCCGCACUGGAGAACCGGUUCAGAGACCGGCUAGAGCAAUUGAGGGCUCGAGACCAGCUGAAAGGAAUAAAACAAAGGGACAAAACGGUGCCCGAGUACGCAGAGGAAUUCCUCCACCUCGCGGAAAGGGUACCGGAGUGGUCUGAAGUAACCAAAGUGGAACUAUUUAAAGAGGGACUACGCCCCGAGAUUUUCAGCUGGGCCGCGCACAGAGACGACCCCGAGACGCUCCAGGGAUGGAUUCAACUAGCGGGGCGCGUCGAAUCCACCCUGGCCCAAGUAAAGCGCUUCAGGAGCAGCAGCGGCCAGCAAAGACCGGUGGCGAGAGGUCGAGGAGAAACGAGGAAGCAAGAAAGACCCGGAGGGAGGCCGGGGAUUCCCUCCAGAGGAGACGACAACAAACCUAAACCGGGAUGCUUUGUAUGUGGGAAGACGGGCCACCGAGCAGCGGAAUGCUGGGCCCGGAAGGGGGAGCCGCCAAAAGCCCCAAAGCCCAAGCCAGCAACCGGGAGGCGUGCGGAGGAGGUGGUGCAGGCCCCAGAAUCUUCGGAAAGAUUGGACUAUGGUGAAAGAAGAACCGAAGAGGAGGACGAAGAAAACGGGGGCGCCAUGUCAUGCAGCCAGAUCCCAGGGCUGAAUUUCCAAGCCCUGAAUCUGACUUCAUAACAUAAACAUGCGAGCACCUGGCGGGAGAAGAUAAAAUGAGCCUGGGAACUCAGGGGUGAAAGUAUAAACAAUUAUAAUUGCUGUAGUGUGGGGGGGAUAGAAACCUUGGUGGAAAUGUGAUCCAGAAGGUGGGGUUUGAUGAUGAUAUUUGCGUGUGAUAUUACGUUGCAUCAGAAGUGAUAAAAUUAGAUGUAUGUAAACAUUAGGUCAUUCUCGACUUUUCCAAAGUCAUGUAUUCUUCAAUAAAGAUUGUGUUUGAGAGCA